AGCACCAACAGCAGCACUCAACAGUCAACAGGCAACAGUCAACCGUUAAGCAGUUCAUCAAUCAAAGGAUACUCCAGUUCAACAUGCGCUACGCUCUGCUCGUCGUAUUCCUGUGCGGACUCAUGUUUGCCAUUGCCUCGGCCGGACUCCUGGGCGGAGGCGGCGGUGGUGGUGGCUAUGGUGGUGGCGGUGGACACGGCGGCGGCGGCGGCCAGGGAGGCUGGCAAAAGAACGGCGGCGGCGGCGGCGGUGGCGGACAGGGCGGCUGGCAAAAGAAUGGCGGCGGCGGCGGUGGCGGUGGAUACGGCGGUGGUGGCGGCGGCGGCAAAUCCCUGGCCGGCAAUCGCGGCAGCUCCGUCUCCUGGCAAGGCGGUAACGGCGGUGGCAAGCACGGCGGCGGCGGCGGUGGCGGCGGCGGAGGCUAUGGAGGCGGCGGCGGCAAGCACGGCGGCGGCGGUGGAGGCGGUGGCAAGCACGGUGGUGGCGGCUGGUAAAAACAACCAACCAACCAUCCAACCAAACCAAACACUCAACUCCCGAACCACACACAAC